AUGGAGAUGAACGAGCAGACUCCAUUGAGUGGAGAGGGCGAGGAACUGGCAGGUAUCCAUGACACUGUCGUACGGCAUGGCUUCGUGCGCAAAGUCUAUGGCAUUCUCUCGAUGCAGCUGAUUGUGACAACGGCAAUCGCUGCUGGGACUAUGAGGUAUGCCCUCCAACUGCGUCAGACCAACCCCGCUGCCAUUCCGAUUGUGAUGACGUUCUCCAUUGCAGUUACGAUUUCAACGAUGCUAGUCUUCUUAUGCUGUCCGCAGACGAUGCGCAAGAGCCCUACCAACUAUGUCCUGCUGUCGCUCUUCACGGUGGCAGAGUCAUUCAUGGUGGGCUUCAUUUGUGUUCAAUAUACGGCUCAGUCGGUCCUGGUGACGUUCGCAGUCACGUCGGUGGUGGUGGUGGCUUUGUCCAUCUUCGCGUGCCAGACAAAAUAUGACAUCACAGGCUUCAUGCCAUAUUUCCUCAUGGCAACUAUGGUGCUCUUUGGUUUCGGUUUCGCUUUGAGCAUCGCUGCGAUGUGCGGCGCGAGCCAGACUGGAGCCUUCCAGACCUUGAACUUGGUGUACGCAGCUGGUGGCGCUUUGCUUUUCUCAGGAUACAUCAUCAUGGACACGCAGUUGAUCGUCGGUGGAAAGCAUCAGAGGUUUCGAUUCUGCAUCGAUGACUACUGCAUGGCAGCCAUCACUAUAUAUCUCGACAUCGUUCAGCUGUUUCUGUUCUUGCUGCGGCUGCUUGGAGAUCGUAGACGCUGA